GUGGCCAAGAUGGCGGCGGAGCUGGUGGAGGCCAAAAACAUGGUGAUGAGUUUUAGAGUCUCGGAUCUCCAGAUGCUCCUAGGUUUUGUUGGCCGAAGUAAGAGUGGACUUAAACAUGAACUUGUCACCAGGGCCCUGCAACUGGUUCAGUUUGACUGUAGCCCCGAAGUUUUCAAGAAGAUCAAGGAACUCUAUGAGACCCGCUACGUUAAGAAGAGCACUGAGCACCCCGUGCAGCCCCACCGGCCUAUGGAUGCCCUCUCUCUCCAUUCGUCCUUUGACCGGGGGAAUGCGGUUGCUAGGACUUCGAUUUCGGCUCCCAACAUUGACUAUCCCGUGCUCUAUGGGAAAUACCUUAACGGACUGAGUCGGUUACCUUCCAAGGUUGGCAAGCCGGAGGUUCGGCUCGUGAAACUGCCCUUCUUCAACGUCUUGGACGAGUUGCUGAAGCCAACGGAAUUAGUCCCACAGAAUAAUGAGAAGCUUCAGGAGAGUCCAUGCAUUUUUGCAUUGACACCAAGACAAGUGGAGCUGAUCAGAAACUCCAGGGAGUUGCAGCCCGGGGUGAAAUCUGUUCAAGUUGUCCUAAGGAUCUGUUACACAGACACAAGCUGCCCUCAGGAGGAUCAGUACCCUCCCAACAUUGCAGUGAAAGUGAAUCACAGCUACUGCUCAGUCCCGGGUUACUAUCCAUCCAACAAGCCCGGUGUGGAGCCCAAAAGACCCUGCCGUCCAAUUAAUCUCACAAACCUCAUGUACCUGUCUUCAGCCACAAAUCGCAUCACUGUCACCUGGGGGAAUUACGGAAAGAGUUAUUCGGUGGGCUUGUACUUAGUGCGGCAACUGACCUCCUCAGAAUUGCUGCAGAGGUUGAAAAACAUUGGAGUGAAACACCCGGAGCUCUGCAAGGCCCUCGUUAAAGAGAAGUUGCGCCUGGAUCCCGACAGCGAAAUCGCCACCACCGGUGUCCGGGUGUCUCUCAUCUGUCCAUUGGUGAAGAUGCGGCUGUCUAUGCCUUGCCGGGCAGAGACGUGCGCCCACCUGCAGUGCUUUGAUGCCGUGUUUUACCUCCAAAUGAAUGAAAAGAAGCCAACUUGGACGUGCCCUGUCUGUGACAAACCUGCCCCCUAUGACCAGCUAAUAAUAGAUGGGCUCCUGUCGAAGAUCCUGACCGAGUGCGAGGACGCGGACGAAAUUGAGUACCUGGUAGAUGGCUCCUGGUGUCCAAUCCGAGCUGAGAAAGAGCGGAGCUGCAGUCCCCAGUGCCCCAUCCUUGUGCUUGGCUCCUCUGAAGUGAACAGCCUUUUACCUCCCCCCAAUGGGAACAGCGAGAAUGGGAAGCCCAGCGCCGAGGUGGUGGAUCUCACGCUGGACAGCUCCGAGGACGAGGACGAAGAGGAGGAGGAGGAGGAGGACGACGAAGAAGACGGCCCCCAGUCCAAGCGCCGCUGCACAUACGAGAAAGGUUUAGUGUCAGCCUGCUGACUGUGGCCCGGGGCCUCCGGUCCUCCAGGAGAGACUUGAAUACUCUGGUGCUGACUAACCUUGGGGC